AUGGAAAAAGCCUAUAAUCAUGUCAAUUGGAAAAUUAUUGAGAUAAUUGGUCGGAAAAUGGGGUUUGGCUGGAGGUGGGUAAAGUGGAUGAAAAAUUGUUAUGAAGAUACGCGGUUCUCUCUUAUUGUUAAUGGGGCAGCAACAAACUUCUUUAAGGGAUCGAGAGGCCUUUGUCAAGGGGAUCCCCUCUCGCAGUUCUUAUUUCUAAUGGUCGCAGAGGUAUUUUCAGCUCUUAUGAAGAAGGCAGAAAGAAAUGGGUUAAUAAGCGGUUUCAAAGUAAAGAGCAAUGAAACGCCAAUAACGCAUUUACAGUUUGCAGACGAUACGAUUGUGUUUCUUGAUGCAAAUCUUGCACAGUUUACGGCAUUAAAGCAAAUCCUAAUUGAGCUGCAACAAAUUACUGAUUGA